UGAUUUGUUGUAGGUUUGCCACGAAUGUCUGCUGAUCAUGAUGAAAACGCAAGCAUUAUUGUUGCACCGGAAAGCGGAGAAAAUGUGGAGAUUGUGGUUGCUCCUGAUGAACAACAGGCCGCAGAUGGAAUUAUUGAGGAGAUAGAUGAAACACAAUGGGAAAGUUUCGGUUCUUCACCAACGAAUUCUAUAUCUUCUUCUUCUGAAUCAGUCGUGGAAACGAGAAUUAGACACUUAAAAUUGUACCGAGCUGCAUUUAAAGGUGAUUGGCGGGUGGCUGACUAUAUUUAUAGAGCACAUCCAAAUGAAAUUUCAGCUAGGAUUACAAAGGAACGCGAUACUGCCCUCCACAUUUCAGUAUCAGCAGAGCACAUUGCUUUUGUGAAAAAGCUGGCAAAGAAGAUGAAUUUAUAUGAUUUAGCUAUGAAGAAUGCAGAUGGAAAUACAGCAUUUUUUCUUGCUGCUGCAACAGGAAAUGUGGAACUUGCCCAAGUGAUUGCUUCGAGUAACCUUAACUUAGUGGUGCACGAAAUUCAUGAUGGGAUAUUUAGGCCUGAUGUAUUGUCUUAUUCCGUGGAAAUGAUCCGAAAUAAUGAUGGCAAAUUACCUCUUCACAUGGCAGCUUAUCUGGGCCAUAGAAAUAUGGUAAGAUACCUUUAUAGAAUCACUACUGAUGUCAUGUCAGAUGACGACCGCACACAGUUGUUUGUCACUCUGAUAAACUCCGAUAUUUAUGAUGUUGCCUUGAAUUUGUUAGAAGAACACCCAGAGUUGGCCACUGCUCGUGAUGAAAACGGGGAGACAGGAUUGCAUGCCUUGGCUCGAAAACCUGCCACUUCUACAAACUUUACUAAACAAAGUCAGCAAGGAAUUCUAAAGGGAUGCCUCAAUCUACUUUUAGGUACCAAUACGGUUCAGAACAAAAAAAUGCACCCAGAAGCUGUUACACUAGUUGAGCGCAUUUGGCAACAAGUUAUAUUGUCGGGCGAUUUGGAGAUAUCAGAACUAAUUGAAAAACCUUGGAGACUAUUAUUUGUUGCUGCAAGACAAGGAAAUGUUGAUUUUCUAAAAAUACUUAUAUAUGAAUAUCCUGGUUUGAUUUUGAAAGUCGACGAAAAUAACCGCAGCAUAUUUCAUUACGCUGUUCUGUAUCGUCAGGACGAAAUCUUCAAACUUAUAUAUGAAAUAGGUUCAUUCAAGGAUUUUAUAUCUACAUUUAGAGAUAGAGAAGAUAACAAUAUCUUGCAUUUGGCUGGAAUGCUUGCACCGCCUGAUCGGCUUAGUAUUGUGUCAGGAGAAGCUCUCCAGCUGCAACGAGAGUUGUUGUGGUUUAAGGAAGUGAAUAAGGUUGUACACCCAUUAUAUGCUGAAGCUGAAAAUUAUGACGGGAAAACGCCUAGAGAUUUAUUUAAUGCUGAACACAUGAAAUUAAUGGCAGUAGGGGAGAAAUGGAUAAAGGAAACUGCAAACUCAUGCAUGCUUGUGGCAACACUUAUCACCUCUGUGGUUUUCACCGCAACUUUCACUGUGCCAACUGAUAACAAAAGAGGUGCAGGGGUUCCCGUUUUCAUUCAAAAAGUUUCUUUUGCCAUAUCCCUUAUAUCCUCCACUACCUCAAUUAUAACCUUUCUUUCCCUUUAUACUUCUGGAUAUAAGGAAGAAGAUUACCUUUUUCGGUUACCUGCAAAGUUUGCCGCAGGACUUUUGACACUUUCUACAUCAAUAGCAGCUAUGAUUGUAAUCUUUUGUUCAUUCUUUUUUAUUGUCUUUGACCAUGAAAUGCUGGUGUUUGUUAUUACUGUUUCCGUAAUUGCUUCUGUGCCGCUCAUCUUGUUCUUGAGGCAGCAAUCUCUUCUCCUCUUGCACGUAAUUCGUUCAACCUAUAUGAGUAGUUCUCUCUUCCAUUCAAGUAAACGUACUCUUUUCUACAGAGAAUGGAGAGCAACAGAGAGGAAGAAGACUGAGCUAUUGGAUAUACUUGUUACUAUCUGCCGGCUAAUUAAAGAGUUAUUUUAAUAUUAAAAGAAAUAUGAAUAAAAUGUAGUGUAUUAUGAAAGGUAAAGUGAUAGUAAACGUUUUAUGGAAUGACAGAAACAGAGAAGUGGAAAACUAUAUAUCAUCGAGUAC